AUGGCAAACUCCCCAUCCGAUGCCAUUGAUGGCAAAUUGUCAAAUCAAGAAGUCCUCCAAAGAUUGAGUCUAUCUACUGGUCGCGAAAUACAAGGUUCGAUAUCGGACCUUGAUCCACGAGCUGCGCAUCCAUCAUUAGGCUUGACUGGUGGAAUCAUUUCUGCGACAUUUUGUAUACAACAAUCAUUGAUGUACAGAAAAGGCUCAGAUUGGACAUGGUCGCAAAGACAUGGUGGUUCCUCUCAAUUCGAUUCCUUUAAAUAUCUUGCCUCGGACAAAUCACCAUGGAAUCAUACACUCGUUGGCUGGACUGGAGAAAUUAACCCAGUCGAAGAUCUCACACCUCCGGAUACCCCUCCACUUGGAGCACACCCAAUCCAAUCGCAACCCCCACAAAAUAGAGUUCCUUACAACAAGAGCUCGGCACCAAUACCAGUUGAUGGUGUUACCAUGCCUCCAACUCCAGUAGAAAACGAAGGAUUGUUCGUUACAAGUGAAGAUCGGCAACGACUCGAGAAACAACUCGCACAUCAAAAGCACGGAAAAGUAUUCCCAGUUUGGUUAUGUGAUGACGCAGAUACCAACGAAGAUGGGAGUAUCUGCCUGAAAGAUCAAUCAAGAUGGAGAAGAUUCGCAGAGCAUGAACUAUACACUCUUUUUCAUUACAAACAACAUGAACCUACAAAUGGUCGACAAGAACGACAAUCAUGGGCAGAUUAUUAUCGAAUGAAUCAAAAAUUCGCAAACCGAAUCCUCGAGGUUUAUAAACCAGGCGACAUCGUUAUGGUGCAUGAUUAUCACCUUUUACUUCUUCCAAGUAUGUUGAGACAACGUGUUCCACAUAUGAGCAUUGUUUUCUAUCUUCAUAUUCCAUUUCCCAGUAGCGAAUUCCUUCGAUGUUUACCGAGAAGAAAGGAAAUUUUAGAGGGAGUUUUAAGCGCAAAUUUGGUUGGAUUACAAUCUUUCAGUUACACUCGACACUUCAAUUCUUGUUGUACUCGUAUUCUGGGAUUCCCAUCAACGAGCGCAGGUGUCGAAGCAUAUGGUGCAAGAUGUGAUGUGGGAGCUUUCCCCAUUGGAAUUGACGCACGAAAUGUUGAAAAGCUUGCUUUUGGUGAUCCUGCUAUCGAUGAAAAAGUUGCAGCAUUGAGGAAAUUAUAUGCAGGCAAAAAAAUCAUCGUUGGUCGGGAUCGUCUGGACAGUGUUAGAGGUGUUGCACAAAAGCUCAUGGCCUUUGAACGCUUCUUGGAAAAUUUUCCAGAAUGGCGUGAGAAGGUUGUUUUGGUACAAGUGACAAGUCCAACUAGUGUCGAAGAAGAAAGAGAAGAUUCUGGAAAUAAGAUCGCCGCCAAUGUUGCUGAACUUGUUGCAAAGAUCAAUGGUCUAUAUGGCUCUUUGAGUUUCUCUCCCGUUCAACAUUAUCCUCAAUAUCUUUCACAAGAAGAGUAUCUUGCUCUUCUUCGUGUAGCCGAUGUGGGUUUAAUCACUAGUGUACGUGAUGGUAUGAACACAACAAGUUUGGAGUAUGUUGUUUGUCAAAAGGAGAAUCAUGGUCCUUUGAUUAUAUCCGAAUUUUCUGGAUCAGCUGCAGUAUUGGAUUCGGCCAUUCAUAUCAAUCCAUGGGAUAUGAAUACUGUCGCCGAAAAUAUUCGACUUGCUCUGGAAAUGCCCGCAGACAGAAAGGCAGAGCUUCACUACUCAUUAUCGGAUUACAUCUUUAAGAAUGACAUUCAAGUCUGGACAAAGAGUCUCAUCCGAACCUUGAUUACAAAAAUUGGUUCCAACAACAAUGCAUUUGCAACUCCUCUUUUGGAUAAGGCUUCCAUGUUGGUUCAGUACAGAGCCGCUAAAAAGAGGUUAUUCAUGUUCGAUUAUGAUGGUACUCUCACACCAAUUGUCAGAGAUCCUGCCGCAGCUCUGCCGUCUGAUAAAUUAUACCGCACAUUGAAAGCGCUAGCUGCUGAUCCUAAAAACGCCAUUUGGAUCAUUAGUGGUAGAGAUCAAGAAUUUUUAGGACAGCAUCUUGGACAUAUUCCGGAGUUAGGAUUCAGUGCUGAACAUGGUAGUUUUAUGCGUCAUCCAGGUAGUGAAGAAUGGGAAAAUCUUGCCGAGAAAUUUGAUAUGGGUUGGCAAAAGGAAGUUAUGGAGUGUUUUCAGAAGUAUACCGAGAUGACUCCAGGCUCCUUCAUUGAACGAAAACGCUGUGCCUUGACAUGGCAUUAUCGUCCAUCUGAUCCUGAACUUGGUGAACGCAUGUCACGUGAAUGUCAAAAAGAACUCGAGUCUACAGUUGGUAAAGCUUGGGAUGUGGAAGUCAUGACUGGUAAAGCCAAUCUUGAAGUUCGUCCUACAUUUAUCAACAAAGGCUCCAUUGCCAAACAACUCGUCGAUUCUUAUGGCAAAGAAGUCGGUCAACCUCCUGAAUUCACCAUGUGCGCUGGUGAUGAUACUACUGAUGAAGAUAUGUUCAGAGCAUUAAAUAAUAGUGAUCUUGACGUGGAUCAUGUAUUUACGGUUACCGUUGGAGCAUCAAGUAAACCAACAUUAGCUAAAUGGCAUCUUUUGGAACCAGUAGAUGUUAUUAGUAGUAUUGCUUUACUUGGAGGUGGAGAUACGAAUGUUGCGGAUUUAGGACCUAUUGCUGUUGUAGAGGGAAGGAAUAGAGAAGAAAUGCCUGACAAGUUGGAGGUGUUAGAUAUGGUUCCUGGAGCUCCAAGUACAGGGGAGGGAAGAUGA